AUAACCUGACAGAUGACAACGAAAUUGCCCUACUUCUUUCCUUUAAAUAAGCAAAUCACAGCGGCCCAAUCAUUGUCUGGGAUUGAAUACACAUGAUGGCAUAUCUACAAAUCUUCGUUCUGGCUGUAGUGACAGUUGCUGUUUUGGCACAAGAUUGUGACCCGGCCAACUGCCCAUCAUGUCCCAAUGGAGAAGCCUUUUGUGAUCAUCAUGGAGGCUGUCACUGCCACCAUCACGUAGCACGUGCUGCUUCACACUGCACUACAGACAGUGACUGCUCUGGGACAACGUGCGGACAUGGUGAGAAAGCCAUUUGUGAGACUCUACAUGGGUCAGGUGGAGGCAGUGGAGAAAAUGGUUGUAAAUGUGUACACCACAAACGAUUAGUUACUGUUACAGAAAUCUGCACAACGGCCACAGAUUGUUCUCAGUGGGGAUCUAGUAACUGUGCAAAGAAUGAAAAGGUUGCUUGUGAAAUGGCACAUGGCACAGGUGUUGGAGGCGGAGAAAUGAACUGUGUCUGUAAAUCAUCACACAAAAGAGCCGCCACAGGAUGUUGCAAUGCAGAUGACUGUGAUGCUACAUCGCUAGGCUGUGAUCCCCACCACGAGGUUGCAUCUUGUGUACUGGCACAUGGUUCGGGAGGACAGUGUUCUGAAAACACAUGUAAAUGCAGUGCAAAACAUGGCUAGAAAAACAGGUUGAUUCACACAUUGCAAUUUCAAGUGAUAUACUGACUUCACACUGUAAACGUAUUUGGCUAAAUUAAAACACGAAUUGUU